CAUCCAUCUGCGCACGACGACAUCUCCUAAAUCCGAGUUUCACUCUCUUCUAGAAGUGACUGUGGCAAGAGGCAGUUGAAAGACUGCAAGAUCUUGUUUGUCAACUAAUCAUCUGUCAAUCAAUCGUCGAGAUUCGACCAGUCUUUUGUGCAUCGACUUUGCACACGACUUUAUGUAUCCGCCUCCUAACCGUGAACGCUUCCUAUCCUUAAGACCAUCUUCUCACCACAUAACCCACCAACAUGGCGCCCAAGAAAAAGGCGGGCAAGAAGCAGGCGGACGAUUGGGACGCCGACAUGGGCGAGACCAUUGACCCUAUCGCCCAAGCCACUGCGGAUGCCAAAAAAGAAGAUGCAGAUCAGGCUGCCGCAGAUGAGGAAGUGAACGCCGGCGGCUUGAUGGCUGCCCUUAGGAAAAACAGGGACAAGCGUGCAAAGAAGGGCAAACCUGUUAUCAAUGAUUUCGUCGAGGGCGAAGACGCAGACGGUGUUGCUACACCUCCUCCUGCCGAAGAUCUUGCCGCCAAAGCCCCGGCCGAUGCUACGUUUGAUGACGAGGCAGAGGAUGUGUUCGCCGGGAACGUGAAGAAGGGCAAAGGUGGUAAAAAGCAGGUCGAGGCUCCUGCUGAAGAUGGAGAGGAUGGUGAUGGUGGCGGCGUAAAAUCCAAGAAAGAAAAGGAGCGUGAGAAGAAAGAACGGGAGAAGCAGAGAAAGAAGGAACAAGCUGCGAAGAAGAAGACUACAGCACCAACACCCGCACCGAAAGCCGAAGAGAAACCUGUUGAAGAGAAGAAAGUCGAGGCUGACGCACCAGAGACCGACAAGGCUGGUAAGAAAAGGAAGGUUCCUGCACAUCUCGCAGCCAUCCAGAAGCAGCAGGAAAUUCUUGCCAGACAACGAGAAGAGGAGGCAAGAUUAGAAGCCGAGGAGAGGGCGGCUGAAGAGGAACGGCUGCGCAAGGAAGCUGAAGAGGAGAAGAAGAAGGCUGAGGCAAGACAACGCAAGAAGGAGAAAGAAAAGGAGAAGAAGGAGCAACUCCGGAAAGAAGGCAAACUCCUUUCGGAUGCUGAUAGGAAGCGUAAGCAACAGCAAGAACUUCGCCUGCAGCAAAUGCUUGAAGCUGGUGUGAAGGUCGCAGGUUUGACCGAGAAAGGCGAAGAGAAGAAAAAGCCUGCUUUCGACAAGAAGCGCAAGGGUCCGAAGAAAGAAGAAAUUGAUCUCGAAGCCGCCGCAGAGAAAGCAAGACAGGAAGCUGAAGCUGCCGCAGCCGAACGCCAAAGACUCGCAAAAGAAGCUGAAGCCGCCGCCGCCGCCGCUACAGGGACUGAAGCGGCAAAGGAGGAUGAGGAAUCCGGGCUUGAUGACUGGGAGCAGGCUGCUGAUGAGGAGGUCAAGGACAGCUGGGAUGCUGAGUCGGACGAAGACGCACCCAAAUCGGCCGUUAACGGCGACGCAAAGGCUACAACUAAUGGCGACGCCACCAAACCAUCAAAGACUUCGACCUUGCCAAUGCGAGACUCUGGGCGGCCACCCAAAGAGAAGCCGUUCGAGUCCGACACGUCAGAAGAGGACUCUUCUGAAGAAGAAGAAGAACGCACCUCUAACCAACGGGCAAUUGCGCAAAGGAAAGCCGAAGCCGCUGCGAGACGACAAAAAGCGCACGAGGAAGCCCUUGCAGCUCGAUCUAAGGAUAAUCUACGAUCACCCAUUUGCUGUAUCCUUGGUCACGUCGACACUGGCAAGACGAAAUUGCUGGACAAGAUUCGGCAGACCAACGUUCAAGAAGGCGAAGCAGGUGGUAUCACACAGCAAAUCGGCGCCACUUAUUUCCCUGUUGAAGCCCUGCAACAAAAGACAGCCGUGGUCAACAAGGAUGGCAAAUUUGAGUUCAAGGUUCCUGGUCUGCUCGUUAUCGAUACUCCAGGUCACGAGUCUUUCUCGAAUCUGCGGUCUCGUGGCUCUUCGCUCUGCAACAUUGCCAUCCUCGUGGUUGAUAUCAUGCACGGACUGGAGCCUCAGACCAUUGAGUCUAUGAACCUUCUGAGGGAGCGGAAGAUUCCAUUCAUUGUCGCUCUCAACAAGAUUGAUCGUCUGUAUGGCUGGAGGAAAAUCGAUAACAAUGGUUUCCAAGAAAGUUUGGCCAUGCAGAAUAAGGGUGUCAUGAAUGAGUUCCGAGACCGGCUGGAAAAGACCAAGGUCGCUUUUGCAGAGCAAGGAUUCAACGCCGAACUCUACUACGAAAACAAGGACAUGAGACGCUACGUCUCCCUCGUCCCGACCUCAGCUCACACUGGCGAAGGUAUUCCUGAUAUGCUAAAGCUUUUGGUGUCUCUGACGCAAGAGCGUAUGACUUCCAGCCUGAUGUACCUGUCAGAGGUUGAAGCCACCAUUCUUGAAGUCAAGGUCAUCGAGGGUCUCGGUACGACCAUAGAUGUCAUCCUGUCCAACGGUGUUCUUCGGGAAGGUGACCGAGUUGUGAUGUGUGGUAUCAAUGGACCUAUUGCCACGAAUAUACGAGCACUUCUGACGCCAGCACCGCUCAAGGAACUACGUCUCAAGUCGGCUUACGUGCACAACAAAGAGGUCAAAGCAGCUCUAGGUGUCAAGAUUGCGGCCAAUGACCUGGAGGGUGCUAUCGCAGGCUCUCGAUUGCUUGUGGUUGGACCUGAAGACGAUGAGGAUGACUUGGAGGAUGAUGUCAUGGGUGACCUACAAAAAUUGCUUACCGCUGUCUCCAAAGACAAUCGUGGUGUCAGCGUACAGGCUUCGACACUGGGCUCUCUGGAAGCCCUGUUGAAGUUCUUGAAAGACAUGAAGAUCCCCGUGGCCAACAUCUCGAUUGGUCCAGUCUUCAAACGCGAUGUGAUGAUGGCGGGCACAAUGUUGGAAAAAGCCAAGGAGUACGCGGUCAUGCUUUGCUUCGAUGUCAAGGUGGACAAGGAAGCACAGCAAUACGCCGACGACCAGGGCAUCAAGAUCUUCACAGCCGACAUCAUCUAUCACCUCUUCGACGACUUUACCAAGUACAGAAAUCAACUUGCCGAGCAGAGGAAAGAGGAGAGCAAGCUCAACGCCGUCUUCCCUUGUGUGCUGCAUCCGUUGCAAGUGUUUAACAAGAAAGAUCCGAUCGUUGUGGGAGUGGAUGUUGUCGACGGCAGUCUUCGACCUUUAACACCGAUUGCUGCUGUUAGAACAAACCCGGUGACUCAUGUGAAAGAAAUCGUUUCAUUGGGUAGAGUGACGACGAUUGAGCGAGAACACAAGGCUAUUCCACUUUGCAAGAAGGGACAGCCGGCUGUGGCGGUUAAGAUUGAAGGACCCAAUCAGCCACUGUAUGGGCGACAGCUGGACGAGAAGGAUACCUUGUAUUCGUUGAUAUCCCGACAAUCAAUUGAUACGCUCAAGGAGUUCUACCGAGAUGAGGUGUCUAAGGACGAAUGGUCAUUGAUCAGGAAGAUGAAGCCAUUAUUCGACAUCCCAUAGACGACCGGGGAGAAAAGUGUUUGUAAUGGCUAGCAUACGACGAAAAUUGCAUUGUAUCAUUGAAGCUUUUUGGGGCAUGGCAAACGGCGUAUGAUGAUGAAGGGGAUGAAGAGGAUGAUGAGGAUGAUGAGGAU